AUGAUAGGCGGACUAUCCUCUAAAACGGUGACGAACUCGAAAGUACUCGAUCCAGAGCUUUUCGAGUACAUCGGAGCCAUCUUUGCCAGUCAUGGCAUACCCGGUCUUUCUGUCGCAGUUAUCCACGCAGACGCGCCAGCCGAGUAUGCGAACUGGGGUAUACGGAACGAAAACGGCGAAGGAAUGACCUCUGAUACUCUUGUCACCAUUGCCAGUUGCUCGAAAGCUUUCCUCACCGCGGCCAUGGGCAUCCUUCUGGAUGACUUUGCGUGCGGCAGAAAGGCCAUACCAUCCGGCCUUAUGCGUGUCGAUUGGAAUACGCCUGCGUCGAAGUUAUUUCCUGGGGGCGAGUGGAAGUUGCACCCUGAGUUCGGUAUCAUGUCUGAGCGUAUAACGCUGCGCGAUAUGCUCUCGCACAGAACUGGGCUUCAUCGGCACCUCUUAUCCUACGGCGAGCCAGGGGAUACAGUAGCAGACGUUGUUCAUCGCUUGCGUUACCAGUGCCCAGCCUUUGAGCCUCGUACACGUUGGCUCUAUUGCAAUCCCAUGUACAUGGCAGCUCAGCACAUCCUUGACGUUCAAACAAGCUCCUUCACCGACUUCGUCGAGGAUCGCAUCUUCAAACCCUUGGGCAUGGGCUCAAUGUACUCUCCGGAAGCAGCAAUUGCAACAGGACGCGCCGCGUUCGGCUUCACGAACCACAACAAACGGGCAUCGCCGUUCUUCUACGACAAGGACAACUAUCAGUUGUCUGCCGGGCCGGGCGGUGUGGUUGCCAGCGCUGAAGACUUGGCUAAGUGGGUACGAAUGCUUCUUCACGCCGGCGUCAAUCCUGCGACUGGAGAGACCGUCAUACCGAAGCCCGCCUUCGAAGAGGCGACUACCGCUCACGGUAUCGUCAACGGCAAAGGGACCGCUGACAAGUCCAUCCGCGGAUACGGUCUUGGCUGGGAACGCGCUUCGUAUCACGGGCAUGAUAUUGUUUCCCAUCGCGGCGGCAACAACGAUGUCACGACUCUAGUCAUGUUUGCGCCUCACGAUCGUGUCGGCUUGGUACUGCUCAUCAACCAGGAGUCGCAGCUGGCCAUCAUGGGCAUCGGCUGGGCCAUCUUACGCAAAGCAUUCGGCAUACCUCUUGGUGACCCGCCCAGACCGGUUGAUCCAGCGUCCUCUCAAGAGAAGGACGGUGAUGGGCAAGGAGUGGAAGAUCGAGAGCCCGCGCCUGCCGGUCUGGCCGGGACCUACCACUCUCCCGGGCAAGGCUCGCCCAUCACGUUCUACAGCUCAUCCAGCGGCGGACCCGAAAGAGAGAGCGUACUCUCUAUCUUCCGCACGAUAUCUGGCGAGCUGGCACCUGACGACCUCUAUGCCGCUUUACCUCGAGCAUGGUGCACGCACAUCCGUUUGGUCCAUCUCGGUGGCGCGCGGUUCUCAUUGCGGUACAACUGGUUCUUCCCUGAAGGGUACGGCAAGGAUAGGUCGCCGUUCGCGUUGCAUGCGCAGGAUCAGGAGCAUGGAGUUGCGGCUUUCGUUGUUGAAGGAGAACGUGUUGUGGGCUUUGGGCUCACGGGUACGGCAGGAGAUGAGACGAUCUUGGAGAGACGCGGAGGAAAGAUUCAGGAUAUUGCAGAUGCCUGGUUUGAUAGGCUUUGA